AUGGAAAAGCUUGUGUGUUAUCCAUACCUCAAGGAGCUUAUAUUUGGUUGUGUUCAAUUUGAGCCGAUCAAACGAAUUAAAGCUUUACAUGCUUUAGCCGAUGUGACUAUGCAUAAAAAGUUGCUGUAUGAAAGAAUACAAGAAAAACUUGCCUUUAUGCCAAAGAAGGACGAGAAGGAAACGCUUUUAAAAUUACCACAGCCUCCAAAGUUUCAGGAAGACGAAAUUCGAACUGAUCACUUUGAUUGGGACCAAGAAGAUCUUGGACUUGCCGACUACCUAAGCCAGCUUGUCACUAGAGAAUGCGACGUUGAAAGAAAAAUGAUGAAAAAGAAACUUAUUGAUCGUGAAUCGAAAGCCGAUUUAAGUCUAUUUACUAUUGUACAGUUUUGGUUAACCAUCAGUCUUUAUUCGAAAUAUUUUCACAUCGACUUUGGCGAGCUUUACCCCUGUAAGAGGCGCUAUCGAAAACAUGGCCAAAAACAAACGGAGAAGAGAACACCGGUGAAAUGGUGGGAUCGGCUGCCUUACUAUACGCCACACGAAGCAGCAACAAGCUCUGAGAUGAUUAAAUGUUUCGUUUCACCACAAGUUUACAAAGCAAUAUCGACAUCGGCAACACCGGAGGAUAUUCUCUCGAAGUGCGGUGAUGUGUUGCAUCGACUCUUCGCUCCGGCUCUAAAAACAAUGAAAGAAAAGCUUCGUGGAUGGUCUUCUGAAAGCCAGGGGCAAGAUCUACCAGCUAAAGGAUACAUCUUUGAGAUCGCUUUUCCACCCCAAUAUUUUUGUGAGCACAGGCCACGCCAUGAUCCGCACAAGAUUAUGCAUCCAUCAUGGCGCGUUCCCCGGUUGUCGAUAACUUGUCACUCGUGUUGUGACGAGCACUUCCCAGAGUACGUCGAGCUCUACUUUGAGCUUGUGGAUUUGUUCUUUAAAAUUCGGGAUCUCGAUGAUCUUUCGCAAUUUGUCAGAGCUGUCACACAAAUCACAUAUUUACGAAAACUGUGCGAGAUGGCACCGACCUCGAAAACUUUUCUGUUCAAAAAAGUUCAAAAGAAGGAGAAUCGUGCAUGGUUU